GUCCACCUAAGAAAGAUGGCUAAUGAUGAGCACCUGAAAAAGGCGUUUGAAUUUUUUGAUAAGAACCAAAGUGGCUAUAUAGAGAUUGAGGAGUUGAGGGAGGCCUUAGCUGACGAGAUUGAAACCAACAGCGAAGAAGUUAUCAAUGCUAUUAUGCACCAUGUGGACACAGACAAGGACGGACGGAUAAGUUACGAUGAAUUCUCUACAAUGAUGAAGACUGGCACAGAUUGGAGGAAGGCGUCAAGACAGUAUUCACGAGAACGAUAUAAUAGUCUCAGCUUGAAAUUAAUGAAGAAUGGUUCCUUACAAAUGAACAAUGAGACUAGAUAACUUAAGGCAGAGU